CUGCAAAUCCCUUCACCCAUCGCAAUACACUCAGCUAUAGCUUAAAGCUACUCACUUUAAUCACUAGCACAUAAGCUAUUAGGGUUGAGAAAUGGCUUCAAAAAGCACAGCAUCACUUGCUCUCUUUUUCGCCCUCAACCUUCUCUUCUUUUCCCUAGUCUCUGCAUGUGGUGGUGGCUGCCCAUCUCCUAAGCCAAAACCAACGCCAACUCCAUCACCUCCCAAAGGAAAAUGCCCUAAUGACGCACUUAAACUCGGCGUAUGUGCCAAAGUGCUGGGUGAUUUGCUCAACGUCACUAUUGGCAAGCCUCCAGUAGAACCUUGCUGUUCUCUCAUCCAAGGACUUGUCGAUCUUGAGGCUGCUGUUUGCCUUUGCACAGCCAUCAAAGCUAACGUAUUGGGUAUUAACCUUAACAUUCCUGUCUCCCUGAGCUUGCUUCUCAAUGUCUGUGGCAAGAAGGCUCCAUCUGAUUUCCAGUGCGCAUAAAAACUUAGAUUUAUUUUCUGUUUGAUUGUGUUGGUUGUUUGAAUUAUGUAUUUGUGAUUUAAAUCGAUUUGUAAACGCUUGUUUCUUGAGUGUGUUAGCUAAAUAAGGGAGACUUAUACUUCCCCUUAGUAA